AUGCCGAAGCGCUCGACGCAGACGUACAGCAGCGAGGACGCGCCCGAGUCCGACGACGCGAAGAUCGUGGUGUACUACUGCAAGUACAGCGGCGACCCCGUCCUCAUCACGGACGCGGUCCUCGGCCAGCUCCCGAAGCGAAAGACGGACGGCGCGCGCGUGCUCGACACGACGAAGCACGUCGUGCGGCUGAAAGCGACGCCGGAGGUGAAGGCGGUGCUCGUGAAGCGCGACGGCGGGAAGCUCGAGAAGCAGUACCGCUACCGAUGCGGCGAGCUCCCGGUGUGCUACAAGUCCGAGCCCGAGGGCAAGUACCUGUACGUCAUGGACGGCGCUGUGAGCGCGUUCAAUUUCGGAGCCGGCGGCGGCGCCGGCGAGGCGGGCGAGACCCCGGUCCCGCCGUGCAUUCAGCCGAAGACCCCCGGCACGGUGCAGAUCGCGCUCGAGAUCGAGGACAGGAAGAAGUGGCGAGCGAUCACGAAGAUCACCGCGGACGAGGUGGGCGUCGCGGUGAACGCCAAGUGCGCCGUCGCCAACGACGAGAUCGUGGAAUUUUUAGGAAAGACGUUGCACUUGCGGCUGCCGCAGAUGUCGCUGCUCGCGGGGUGGAGCGCGCGGUCGAAGCUGCUCGUGGUGCAGGGGCUCACGCCGCAGCAGGUGUACGACCGGUUG